AAUAAAUAAAAACAAAAACAAAAAAUAAAAACAAAAACAAAAAAUAAAUACAAAAAAUAAAAAUAAAAACAAAAACCAUCUGUGCCGGUGGAAGUGAAGCGAGUUCGGCUAUCGCCCUGUGUUCGAAUCGACGUUAUCACAACAGCAGUAUCGGAAACAGCACCAGCCAGCCACAACGACGAAAAGAGGAAUCGAUUGGACUAUCUAUCUGCUGAAAUCAUGAGCAACACGAUGGCAGCCGCCCACGAGCCGACGAUCCACUACCUGGACAGUGUACUCAACGAGGAGGAGAAGCGUUGCGAGUACGGCCACCAGUGGCGCAACUUCUCCAUCUCCCGAUCCGGACGCUUCCGCUCGAAGAACAAGAAGCGAGACGCUGUGGACGGCAAGCUCUUUGACGCAGGAUCAGGAUCGGGAACAGGAACAGGAACCCCGAAGGACAGUGAAAAGGUCUCCAGUCGCACUGCGUCCAAGUCCGGCGCCCCUUCGACGUCGAACCCGGGCACCCAGGCGAGAAGCCAACGUGACCAAGUGGAGAGCUAUAAAAGUUUUUACGAAACGAAUUUAUAGAUAAUGGGCGCCUUGUCAAGCAGUCCGGCUGUAUUGAAUAAGCACUACUUUCCUUACAAUGUACACAACUAUCAUGCAUAUGUACAUAUAUAGCUUAGCAUGACGCUUUAUUUUAUCAGAUUGAGUGGACAAGAAAGAGAAAGGGUGGGGCAGUGAAAGGACUUAUUGCACUACGUGCUGGCAAUGCAGCGCAGGGAAGACGAGACACUUUGAGCGGCUUGAUUAGCCUUGAUUUAAUGUUUAGUAAGGCAUACAUACUUUGCACACCAUCACUUUCUCUCUCUUUAUGCUUAGAUCAAUUGUACUUAAGUCAAAUUAUUUCAUACUGCAUUCUGGCUUGUUUAGAGUGUUAAAGUAUUAAAACGUGAUAAUUGCACUAAUUAAUAUGCAUAUAUUUUUUAAUGUAUAGCUAUAGAGAUGUACGCCUAACUUUAGUGAAAAUGAUUAUAUUUAAAUCAGACCAAUAAAGAACCAGGUUCGGUUUAA